CUGGAGUUAUAACGCGGAAGUUACUGGCUACGGCGCCAACACAUGAUCGCCAAUAGACACUUGCCAUCACGCGCGCUCAUCCACGUCCCAUCACUAUAAAACCACGUCCAAUUCGCUUUCCCGGCGGGUUCAAGAUCAGCCGCGAUCCAAUCUGCAACCGGGUCCGAUUCAGCUUGAAAUGGAGCUCUUCCGGAAAGCCAAAACGAUCCGGCUACGGAGCCACCGCGAGACGUACUUGCUGGCGGAGGAGGACCAAGAGUCGGUGUGCCAAGACCGGCAAGGCCUGAGCAAGCGGGCGGAGUGGACGGUGGAGUUCGUCGACGGCUUCGAUGCCGUCGUCCGCCUGAAGAGCUGCUACGGGAAGUACCUGACGGCGGCGGACGAGCAGUUUCUGCUGGGCGUCACUGGCCGGAAAGUGACGCAAUCGCUGCCGAGGAAGCUGGACUCGCAGGUGGAGUGGGAGCCGGUGAGGGAAGGAUUUCAGGUGCGGCUGAAGACUCGGUACGGGAACUAUCUCAGGGCGAACGGCGGGCUGCCGCCGUGGAGGAACUCCAUCACGCACGAUGUUCCCUUCCGGCACAUGGAUUGGAUAUUGUGGGAAGUCGACAUUGUUGAGCUCCGGCCGGAGGCGUACGCUCCCGAACCGGGUUCAAUGCCGCUUGCCCGGUCCGAUUCUGCAUCUUCUUUCCAUCUUCGCUCCAAACUUGAGCCGGGCGAUUGCUUAGCGAAGCCUGAAGGCCGGAUUAUCUAUUACAGCGUUGUGGAAGACGAAGACAAGAUUGAGGAAGAAAGAGAGAGUGGGGAUGAGCCAUAUUCGUCUUUCAGGUUUAGAGGGCAUGGGUUGGAGGAAUUGACUGAAAAGCUGGAAGAAGAGACGGGGCUGGAGGAUGUGAUCGUGUGCUCCCGGAAUCCGCUCACUGGAAAGCUUUAUCCUCUUAGGUCAGAUCUUCCUCUUCCUCCUAACAACGCAGACAUGCAUCUUGUCCUGGUUCCUCCUUCCUCGACAGGUUGGUUGUGGGCAGAGAGUUGGCUCCGGAGACUCCCACUUCAACGUGACGGACCACCCAGAUGAUGUGGAGAGGUUCUGCUUCUGCAUAUUGAUUGCUUAUUUCCAUUCCCAUGGCAGAAUGUUAAAUCUGGUUUUACUACUACGAUUACGAAGAACAUCUGAUCUGUGGUUAUGCAUUUUCUGUCGCAAAUGGGUCUCAAUUUGGUAAAUGUGUGUAGAGAGAAAGAUGCCGUCUGCAAUACAAAUAAAUGCAUUCUUGACUUAGAGGACAA